AUGUUCUCACGCUCCAUCACUGCUCUGGCUCUGAGCCUCGUGCCCGCCCUUGUUGCAGCUCAAAAGGAGUCCGUGACCGAAGUGGCCACUUCGAUUGCCAACACGACCCUUCAGAUGCAAGCAGUUGGUCUGAUUCCCGACCCCGUUCCCACCUCUGCCCUCAAUCUCACCGCCGCCCUCGGCCUGCGCUUCGGAGAGGGCUCCGGUGACAUUGCCACUGGUCAGACUGUUAGCGUCGACCAGGCCAAGGGAACGCCUCAGUACUCUAUCGAAUACCCUGAGUCCGUCGCCGAUGAGCUCGAUGGUGCUACCUUCACCGUUCUCUUCCUUGACGCCGGAGCUGCUGGUGUUGGAAACCCAGGUGAGUGGUGGACGCUCUUUUCCUUGGAAUGCUGGAUGCUGAUCAUCUCCGAGCGCUCUUAGAUGGCCUCCUCACCCGUCACUUCCUCGGCAACAACUUCAAGCUGGGCGACGAUGGUCGUCUCACUGUGAGUUCACAGCUGUCGCUUCGGCUACGUAAUGGCAGGGUAACCUCUAGCUCAUACUUCAUUACUCCACUCGCCCUCAGAACUCCACCCCUGCCAUCACCGAGUACGCUUCUCCUGCUCCGGCAGCUGGCUCUGGUCCUCAUCGCUACUUCCAAGUGGUGGCCCUCCAACCUUCCAACUUCCAGGCUCCUCAGAACCUCUCUCAACCCGGUACCGCUCUGAGCACAAUGAGCUUGACCUCUUACAUUUCGGAGUCCAAACUCGGCAAGAUCGUCGCUGCCAGCUUCGUGCUGAUCGAGGACAACUCUGCCGAGGCCACUGCCAGCGUUAGCUCUACCGCUGCUGUCCAGUCCGCCAGCGUUCAAGCCCUCGCUACCAGCGUCAGCAAGAGCCUCGCUUCUCCUUCCGGCGCUCCCUCAACUUCGGGAAAUGGCACCAGCGGCAACGGGGCAGCUUACGUCGCCCCUACCAAGGCUCUUGUAGCUAGCGCUGCUGCUGUUGCCGCCGUUGCUUUCGGAGCUGCGCUCAUCUAG